UCAGACAGAAAACAUUUUAAGCGCUCCUUACACGUAAUUAGUGAGCGAAAUUUUCGUUACUAACACAGUUUAUAAGAAGAUUAAAAAACGGUGACAAUAGAUAUCAACAAGUUUUGUGGUGGAUUUAGAUUUGAUGCACGAGGCUUGAUAUUCAACUUUGCUGCUGAAAAACUUUUUUCGUUACGAAGCCAAAGUGUGGAUUGAUCCUUGAGGCUGAUCACAGACGAAAUUUUUGUGUGCUUGGAAAGAGAGGGUGAGGACCUUCGGUCCAUAAUCGGGAUUUUUAUUCCGCAUUGAUACGACCGCGAUGCCCGUGACGUGCAAUUCCAGUAUUCCUGAUAAUCACAAAGGGAUCAAGUGUGUAAAGGACAAAAGCGUUACUUUAAGAAAAACGGACGCGAGUCUGGACAAGGUCAUCUCUGGAUUUUAGUCGUAGAUUAAAAACAAAAUAACAAUGAAGAUCGAUAGGAGCAGAUUAAAAAAAUGCACUUCAGAAGUGCCUGCGGAAUGCCAAGCUUUGAUAAGUAAGCUGCGUUCUUGCUCACAUGCCGAACUCUUGGAAGAACUAAAGCAAAUCGAUGCUUGGACUUUUGGAAAAUGUGAACUCUUUCAUUGGAUUGACGUUCUCGAUUUGAGCGACAGCAUCCUCGAGGAAGCUGCAACGAGAAGUCCGGAAAAUUCUUGGGAACUAGCCUGUGAUUUACCUCAGAAUAGAGAGGCAAAGGAAUUACUAUUAUGGGUCCUUCAUUUCACGACAUUGCUGAUCGAGCAUUCAUUUUCUCGACACUUAUACAACAGUAUGGAACACUUGGUCACAUUAUUGUCCAGUUGCGACAUGCACGUCGUACUUGGUGUCUUGAAUCUUUUGUACAUGUUCAGUAAACGUAGCAACUUCAUCACUCGAUUGAAUAGUGACAAGCGACAAGCAUUGCUUAGUAGGCUGACUCAUUUGGCCGAGAGUUGGGGUGGCAAAGAAAAUGGCUUCGGCUUAGCUGACUGUUGCAAGGAAUAUCCCGACAAACCAUUCCCUGCGAGUGCCACGACAUUGCACUUUGAAUAUUACGCAGAGAAUUCAUCCGGAACGGAUGCGUCAAAUAGUAGUUCUAGUAAUGUUAGUGGAAAAAAGACUGGUCAGACAAAUUUUGUAAUAUAUAUUCACAUAGAAAGUGUCGAUAAACUUGGAGUAACCCCAGCACAGUUGAUGAAUGACUUGUUAAAAGUGCACAAUGUUCCUCAAGAACGACAGAUGGCUCUUCUCACACAUAUUAGACUAGCACAUAGUUUCUCAGAUUAUCGAAGACGCCUACAAUGCGUGCAAGCUCGCCUUCAAGCGCUCUCCGUGCUAGUUUACAGUAACGCGUUGCAGGAAAACGCACACAGCCUCCUUCAUGCAGGACUACUCGAAGAGUUGGUUGAGUUAUUGGAGCUUCCGAAUUCACAUCUCGUUGAAAUUAGAGCCGCCGCAUUACGAACAUUGACAAGCAUCAUUCAUCUUGAUCGAAACCCUCAUUUUCCAAAAAAACCAGGAUCACGAUUGAAUAUGAUUAUUGACGUAACUGGAGCGAGUUCGUAUCAUGGAUUUCUUCCAGUUCUUGUACGAACAUGCAUAACGACAUUGACAUCACCACAACCCGAUGGACAACCAUUUCCUCUUCCCCUAGCCACUGCUUUGUUCAGUUUUCUUUACCAUUUGGCAAGCUAUGAAGCCGGUGGCGAAGCACUUGUCAGUUGCGGAAUGAUGGAAAGUCUCCUCAAGGUGAUCAAUUGGCCAGGAAGUGAAUUGGAACACAUCACCUUUGUUACGCGAGCAGUGAGAGUGAUCGAUUUAAUAACAAACAUCGACAUGCAAGGCUUUCAGGCACAUUUUGGUUUAAAUAGCUUUAUCAAACGUCUCGAUAUGGAAGUGAAUGUGUGUCGAAAGGAACAACCAUUUGAAAUCGAACCACAAGAUAUUGUAACAUCCGAUCCAAUAAAUACAACUGCCGAAACAUCUACAACACGAAAUGAAGCUGAUGCUUCGAAUUCAACGAAUGAACAAUUUGAGGAGCGUGAAGAAACGUCAAAUCCAAUGGAAUUCUCAGAAGAUGAGACAAUGGUUAAGACUGAAGAAAAAACCGAACAGCAACAACAACAACAGCAGCAGCAACAACUACAACAGCAACCUGAUUAUUCAGCAGCUAAAAGUGGAAAAACUUGCUUGCCUCAACGUGCCGCAUUAUUAAAAUCGAUGUUGAAUUUUUUGAAAAAAGCAAUUCAAGAUCCAACAUUCUCUGAUAGUAUACGACACGUUAUGGAAGGAACUUUACCAUCGUCAUUGAAACAUAUUAUCAGCAAUUCGGAAUAUUAUGGACCAUCACUUUUUUUACUCGCCACCGAUGUUGUUACGGUUUAUGUUUUUCAAGAACCGUCCCUGUUAUCAACAUUACAGGACAAUGGCCUUACCGAAGUUGUUCAACAUGCAUUGCUUAUUAAAGAAGUCCCGGCAACUAGAGAAGUUUUAGGUUCAAUGCCAAAUGUCUUCAGUGCAUUGUGUUUAAAUACCCGUGGACUUGAAUCAUUUUCUAAACGUCGACCAUUUGAACGUCUUUUUAAAGUACUUCUCUCACCUGUUUAUCUAUCGGCAAUGCGACGACGUCGUAGUGUUGAACCACUAGGUGAUACUGCCACAAAUUUAGGCAAUGCAAUGGACGAAUUAAUGAGACAUCAACCGAGUUUAAAGACCGAUGCUAUUGCUGCUAUUGUGAAAUUAUUGAAAGAAUUGUGCGUUCUUGGUUGUGAUCCACGUUAUAUUUGUUGGAGAGCGGCAAAUAAGACGGACAAUUCACCGUCACAUUCGAAUUCGACGAAUCGACAAUCGCCAGGACAAUCGGUGGGUGUUGGAGUUGGUGAUACGAAUAGUAAUCGUGGAGGAGGCGCUGGAAGUAGCAGUGACGAGGAAGAGGAGGAUGAGGAGGAAGCGAGUACAAGUUCACAUCCUCAGCGUGAAGAGCAACCGUCGCCUUCACCUGCGCAACCUGGACCACCACCACAACCACGGGAAAAGACUCCAAUCGCUUUGGUCGAUUACAUUCACAAUGUUAUGAAAUUUGUCGACGCUAUACUGAGUAAUAAUUCCACUGAUGAUCAUUGUCGAGAAUUCGUCAAUCAAGAUGGAUUAGUUCCUUUAUUGUCGAUUCUUGGUUUACCCAAUUUACCAGUUGAUUAUCCAGUUGCACAAGCUGCUCAGGCCGUUGCUUCUGUUUGCAAAAGUAUACUCAAUCUUGCACAUGAGCCGCAGGUCUUAAAAACUGGACUAACUCAAUUGAACGACGUUUUGAAUCUUUUGAAACCACUUCACAGUCACAUGAACGCACCCGGUGGUUCGGUUCUAUUACAUGAACUUGCAUCGGCACCAAAUCUCGAAACAGCCUUCACUAGUGAUCUCGCGACACCCCUUCUUCACGCAAUGAACGCCGCACACGGUUAUGUCGUUCUCUUCGUUCACGUCUGUCGAACAAGUCAAAGUGAAAUUCGCAAUUUAUCCAUGAAUCAUUGGGGUUCGGAAAUGGGUUUAGAAGUGUUGAAAGGACUUUCCAAAUUGUACAUGUCUCUCGUGUGGGAGAGUACACUGUUACUGGCACUAUGCAGUGAUGACAGUAUCCCUGCUGGUUGCGAUUUUGGAAAAGAAGACAUGGACAAACUCGUACCACCAGAAUUGAGAACCGAAGGCGAUGGCUCAACCUGGUCGGGUGUUUCCGCCGCCGACAUGGGCAGCAAUGGAAUGACAACCGCCAUGGAAGCAUUGAGCACUGAUCCACCGCCAGUAUCGAUGGAAGUCGACGAUAAACCGAGUACAAGCACCGGACGAACAUCGCCAAGUACACAUCAAUUGAAGUACAUAAAACCACUUCUUGGCGCUUCGUCAAGAUUGGGACGAGCUUUAGCCGAAUUAUUUGGACUUUUGGUGAAACUCUGUAUGGGCUCGCCAAUGAGUCGACGACGCGGACAACAGAUUCCAUUGACACCGGCAAUUCCAUCGCAGGCCGCAAGAAGUGUCGCAACGUCUCUCAAUUAUCUUUUGAUGCGCGGCUUAUCCUGGGACCAAUUGCCACCGUCGCCAAUUCCUAAAUUCAAAUUGACAUUCCUGAUUUGCUCCGUUGGCUUCACGUCGCCAAUGCUUUUUGAUGAGAAACGUCAUCCUUAUCAUUUGAUGUUACAAAAGUUUGUCAAACUCGGCGGACAAGAUGCGUUCUUUGGAACGUUUCGUUGGGCUUUGUCCGGAGGUGGACAAUUUCCCCUGACCGAGGGUCUUGAACAUCCUAAUUUACCCGAUGGCACUGGGGAAUUUCUCGAUGUUUGGCUAAUGCUUCUCGAGAAAAUGGUCAAUCCGAAAGCAAUUUUAGAUUCACCGCAUGUGAUUUCGUCGAAGUGUACGGGAGUUUAUAAGGUUUAUGAGACAUUCGAUCCGAAUAAGUAUCUUCAGGAUAUACAUAAAAAGGCGUUCGAGGCGGUGAUGCUGAUGUGGGGAAAGAAACCUUUGAAAAAUUACGGUGCAAGAAUGACGGAAUCGAUUCUGUCGAUAUUGAGACACAUUCUUCGGGGUGAGAAGAUAAUCAAGGAACGUGCCGAGAAGGAGGAGAAUUCCGAGGCUUCGGGUUCGGGAUCAGGAAGGAAUGGAGCGACUUCCGAUCGGGGGGAUCUGCCCGAUAUGGUCGUUAAUCGUGAUCAUUUGAGACAGUUGAUGGACAUGGGUUUCAGUAGAAGUCACUGUAUUGAAGCUCUCUUGCAUACUGUCACCCUGGAGCAAGCUACUGAUUAUCUGCUCACAAAUCCGGCUACUUUGAGAAGAUCCGACGUUUCAGCGGGUGAUGGAACCGGACCGGGAUUGAUGAUGGAUUUGGAAUUAGCCGAUGAUGAUCAAAUGAUGCACGCAAUUGUCAUGUCGCUAGGUGAUAAUGAAACGAAAACUGUAAACGUACCAGAGGAACCGAUUUGUGAUGUUCCGGUCACUGAGAGUAUCAAUAAAUUUACCCGUUCCGCUUUAGAUCAGUGUCUUAGUCUUUUGGAUUUGAUGCCUGAUACGGUUUACAGAAUUUGUGAUUUACUCGUCACGGUGACGAAGAGAAAUGGCGAGGCCUGGAGGGAUAAUAUGUUGCGUCAAUUGAUUUACGAUAUUCGACGAUUGGUGUGUUUUUUGAUUGAAAUUGCCGAGAGUCAGGACGAAGACGCGGGAACACGUCUUGUUGAAUGUAAUGAGGCGAAUGAAGUUGCUGGAAGAAUUUAUCUCUAUACACUAUUUUUCGAGGGCAAUAUUCAAGAAAUGCGAGUGCCUUGUGCACAGAUUGUCGAGGAGUGUGGAAUUUUACAGAAACUUGUGCAAUUAUUGGUGAUGAGUGAAGGACCGUUGACAGCGGCGAAGAAUAAAGCGGCGAAAGAGAGUAAGGACGCUGUUCUUUCAGUUAAGACACCAAAAUGGCUGGCUCCAUUGCUACUGCUUAUUGAUCGAUUGGAAAAAGUUGCUGUACUCAUGCAGAGGAAGCAAUUGAUGCACAAAGUGACAAAUCCGGUUUGGAAAUGGUUUGAUCUCACCACUGGAAAGUGGAUGGUUUAUUCGACUGCGAAUAAUAAUACGAUCAAUGAAGCUUACAUGGCCGGGGAGAGUCAGGUGAGAAUUUCUUACAGUCGAAGACGUUAUCUUAUUACCUUUUCCUGUAUGACGCAAUUGAACGAGGAGACGGAGAAUAGACGACCGAUUACGAUGAGCUUUAAGAAACUUGGAUCUAACGAGGAGAGUGCGGAUUCGAAUAUGGAUACGGAGGAGAGUCCUGCGGAGAAUAAGGAAAAAGAGAAGGAGAAAGAAAAGGACAAGGAGAAAGAGAAGAAUAAAAAUGUCCAGAUUCAAGGACUCGAUCCAAGUAUAACUCCAAGUAUCGUUCAGGCUUGUGUUAAAUUGUUGGCAAUUCCAGUUGAUCGUGAUGCUUUGCAUGCUUUGAUGAAAGUCUGCUUACGUUUGACUCGUGACUACAAAAACGCCGAGGUCUUUGCUCGUGAAGGUGGAGUUCGUCUACUUUUGGAUAUGACACAAGCGAGUAAUUUCAUUGGAUGCAUUAAUCUCAGUACUCUGUUGAUUCGUCACACACUCGAGGAGCCGAAAACACUCCGUCUUGCUAUGGAGAAAGUCGUUCGAAGUCGAACACAGUCGAAUAUUCCGCCGGCUUAUAAGGAAAUUUUGUUCAUGACUCGACAGAUCAGUAGUGCGGUUUGUAGAGAUCCGGAGGUUUAUCGUCAAGUUUGUGAAAAUAUUCUGCGAGUCGAUGUCAGUGUUCUGAAACGGGACGAUGUUGAUAAUAGAUUGGUGGUGAAGGCUCUUCCACCAGUUCAGUCAUCAGCGACACCAAUGACCGAAGACGUGUCAAUUGAAGUUAUUCACGAUUUAUUGAAUGCUCUAAUCAAACCAAUGCCCGUAUUACCGGAAGACAGUUCAGCGUCACCGGCUUUCAGUCCUGAGAAAAAAGCCGCGACAACCGCAACAACUUCAACAUCAGCGCCUACCACUACCAAUUCCAGACGCGAUAUAACAAGAAACAGUGUCGCGACAACCAGCGAUCCACUCGAUGAUGAUGAUCAAGUGUCACAAAUCAUCCCCCUCAAGAUGUACACCGACAUGGGCAACAACGCCAAAGUCGAACCAGAAGAAGCGAAAAAGCCCCUUCUGCAAAAAUCGGCAAUUCUGAAAAUGCUCGCCGAAGCCAUUCGCUCUUACGGCGCUGUCGCUAAUCUAAUCACCGAAUACACAUAUCGCGCCGAUCAGAGUGAAAUGAUCACCGAAAAUACAACAGCCCUCGCUUUUCUGCUCGAUAAACUUCUACCAAGUUUACCAGAAAAUUGGAGCGAUCGACAAUGUGGAACAAUGGCGAGAAUGUUAAUUGCCGCCAUCGCCUCCUGUAAUCAUUCACCAGAAGCGCAAAGUACUCUCGUUUCGGAAGUGAAGGCCGCAUUAACACGAACACUCGCCGUACCUGAAAGUUCAGCGAAACAUUCGCAAUUACAAAUUCUCAUUGGAUUAAUAUCGACAAUGAUUGACAGUUGUCCACCAACAUCACAUACACAAUUGCGAGCCUCACUCAAAGUUCAUCAGUACAAUAAUGUUAAUUAUAUUGUGAGAAUAAUGCUGAAAAAAGGAAUUAUCACUGAUUUGGCGAAAAUACCACACAGUCUGGAUCUCUCGAGUCCAAAUAUGGCGGUGACGAUAAACGCUGCACUAAAACCAUUGGAAACAUUGUCGAGGAUCAUUAAUCAACCGAUGCCAGGAACUGUUAAUAAUAAAUUCACUAAACCAAAGAAUAGAACGACUCAAGAGGAACAAGUUGGCGAACAAUCGGGGACAACGACUUCGGAAGCUACACACGCUGUUGGCGAGGAAGUUAAUGAGGACGCGGAGAAUACCGAGCAUGACAUUUCAGUCACUGCUGAAAGUUUGGAACCAACUUCUGAGGGUCAGGGACAUGAAGGUGACGAGGCCGCGUUGGAGGAUAUAAUGGGUCAACUUUUAGAAAGUGUCCUCUAUUCUAGGAACGGCUCGGCCGUUGCCGAGGAACCAACUUCCCGAUCACACAGACCAAUGGAUAUCGAUGAUGAGAGUCUCGCGUUACGCGACAAUGAAGGGGACUUUGAUCCAACUCGUGACACCACCGUAAGAGAAGAACUGAUGAGUUCUGAUUCAGAUUCCGAAAGCAAUCCAUCUGAGGACAAUGAAGACGAGGUCCAAGACGAUGAUGACGAAGAAGAAGAAGAGGAAGAUGACGGUGAAGAGAAUGAGGAAGAAGAGGAGGAGGAAGAGGAAGGUUCCUCAAACUAUGAAGAAGAUGGUCUUGAUUUUUACGAAGAUGUUGGAGAAAGUGUUUUCCGAAUGUUACCAUCAUCGGAACGUGACGUGAGCAAUGUCGUUAUGAUUCAACACAAUUUCGGCAACGAAGGUGCCGAUCAUCCGACAGCACCCACCGGAAGUCGACAAAGUCUUCAAUGGAGUGGAAAUAUGCCUUUACCUUUGGGAUCAUUCGAAGAACCAACUUCCGUUUCAGCAAGCAAUGCUUCAUUUAAUUCGCGGAGAAGAGUGGACGGUUCUUUACUGCUUUCUCGUAUUUUAGGUAUAAGCCUGCAGCCUUUGCUAAUGGCGCAAAACAGUUUGGAUCCAAGCAAUUCACGACUACCGAGGGCAUUACGCCAACGCAGGUAUCAGUACCUCCAUGUACCGAACCCGCGCAAUCCCAAUCCUCCUGUAAUUUUGCAAAGACUUUUAGGACCAGCCGCCCAAUCUCUUCCAUUGUCGGCCAGUCAAGUAUUGGCGUCAAGCUUACGUGAUACACGAGUUCUUGUCAUGGACAGUGCUCUUGGAAUAUUUACCAAUCAAGAUGAAGAGCAGGUUGAUUUUGUUGAUCAAUCUGGAUAUUUAUAUGGACCUAGUUUAGCAGCUACCUUAAAUAAUAUUCCGACAACUUUACACUGGUGGAUAGAGGAAAGUAAAUUACUGGAUGGAGACUCACAACCAGAUUGCUGUGUUGGAGUUGUAUAUAAACUGAUACCCGAUCUGGAGAAACACAGAAAUGCAGAAUUGGCGGAAAGAAAAGAAAAGCGGAAAAAGCAGCAGGCAGCUGAUAAAGAAGCUGAAAAGGAGAAAGAAGACAAGGAUAAGCCAACGUCUACGGAACCGGAAGCAACGACAACAAUGGCUGCUGAAGAACAAACGCCGACAACUUCAUCAACACAGGUAACAUCACCACAAGCAGUGACUAUUAAAGCAACUGUCGAAUCGGUUGUAAGCAAUCAGACACCGGCGGAAGACAUUAUUGAAGUCACUGGUGAAAUGGAAGUGACAGUGCAGGACGAAGAGGAACGACCACCACCACCUCUUCCAGCAGUUGUCGAUGCAACUGUCGAGGCAACUCGCGAACGCGUCACGGCAAGACUCAGCGCCACUUUGGAAUUAGCCGAAAGUAUCGUUGACUCGGUACUUGGUCCAAGUGCCUCUGAAGCUACACGACUGCAAAGACAGUCAGAGCGCAAUUCCGAAGAUACAAAUCUAUCCGAAUCGUCAACAGAUAGGAAUCUUAUUGAUUUUACACCGGAAACUGGUGACGAAUUAUCACGCGAGAAUAACGAUUGUCGCGAUUGGGUGAGAAGACUUUUCGCCGACGAUAGUCAAGCUGGUGUCGAAAGGAACGCCAAUGUCGUCAAUCAAGAACCUACUUCAUCAACAACCGAGAAUAACGCCCAAGAAUCAUCAACCGAAUCAACAGAACAACAGCAGCAACAACAAGAACCACAGGAAGCGCAAGCGCCCGCAGUGCAAGAGGAAGCACAACAACCGCAAGCCGCGCAAGAUCAACAAUUACCAGACGGUGUCGAUCCAUCAUUCCUCGCAGCUCUACCCGAAGAAAUGCGCGACGAAGUGAUUGCCGAGCAAAUGAGACUUCAACGACUUCGUCAACGAACAUCGACCUCAGUCGCUGAGGAAUUGGCCGGACCGGUUGAAGUGAAUCCCGAAUUUCUAGCAGCACUCCCACCAUCAAUUCAAGAAGAAGUUCUAGCGCAACAAAGACUCGAGCAACAACGUCACGCCGCUGCAUCGGCAAAUCCCGAGGAUCCGGUCGACGCUGCCGCUUUCUUCCAGAAUUUACAACCAUCAUUAAGACAGGCGAUUUUAACAGACAUGGAGGAAUCGCAAAUAUCUGUUCUACCACCAGAAUUGGCGCAAGAAGCGCAAAGUUUGAGACGCGAAUGGGAGGCGAGAAAUCGUCACAUUAUGCAGGAACGUUUCCUCAAUCAAGUGAGUCAAGGUGGCACGGCAUUGUCAAGUAUAUUGAGAAGUUCGAGUCGUGGUCGUGGGGGAAAUGCACGAAUUUCAAUUCACGCGAUGCCACAACGAGCACAAUGGAGUUCAUGGAAUUCGCGAGGUGACACGUGUCUUGCGCAUCAACACACUGGCGCUGGUCUACGAUUAAGGGGACGUCAAUUACUCGAUCAUGAAUCAAUGGCCUGUCUCCUUGUUCUUCUAUUCGUCGAUGAGCCGAAAAUUAAUACACUUCGAUUACACCGAGUGAUUCGAAAUCUCUGCUAUCAUGGCAGUACAAGGGAAUGGGUUGUCAAGGCACUACUUGGAAUUCUCGAGAGAAGUAACGAUGAGAAUAAAGAUGUGCUCGCCGAUUUUAUUGGUAAAUUCAAGAGGAAAGGUGCUCACUCAGCAAUUGAAUAUUGUUCGCCAAAAAUUGAUAAUCGAACAAAUGCGCAAUCUUGGUUGAAUAUCAGUAUUGACGCAGCUCUCGGUUGUCGAGCGAACGUCUUUCAUAUAUUGAGACACGGCGGUAAGAAAUCUGAUCGACAGGGACAUAAUAUUGCAAUUCAUCCACAAGCUGCGCCAACAGUUUGUCGACACACCUUGGAACUUCUCAUUUCGUUGGCCAAGAGUUUCCCGGGUUAUUUCGUGCCUUUGAAGUCGAAAGACGCGGAGGAGAAGGAAAAGGAGAAAGAGAAGGAGAAGGAGGCGAAUUUAUUGAAACAAGAGGAGAGUGGAGCUAAAUCGAAAACCCCGGCGAAAACUGGCAAAAGUGACUUACCUGACUUUUGGGAUAUGCUGCUGAGGCUCGACUCGUGCGCUUCGAAGAAGGGAAAAUCAGUUGCGCGAACACACUCGAGCUCAAAUCUUGGCAGUGAACCCGAACAGGGUAUUACAACUUUUGAGGCAUCCGCCUUUGGACAAUUAAUAUCAAUGCUUCACUGGUCGGUGAUUAGGCGAAGUAGUCAAUUAACGGAUAAAUUAUUAAGAUUGCUUUCACUUAUUUCGAUUGGAUUGACUGAGGUUAAUCCGUAUAGACGGCAGGACAAUACGAAGGCAAAGAAGGUUGAACCGAGUAAGGAACAAUGUGUCGCUGCACCAGAGGGUCAUAUUAAACUCGCCGUCCAAGUUCUCACGAGUAAAAGUUGCUCCGAGGAAGGCCUCGAGGAUGCUACUGCGUUGCUUCUCAAUUUGUCGCAUUGUCCAGAUCCCACACGGCAGUUGAUUUUAAAGCUUCUCCUCGAAGGAGCCAUGGAAUUGGCGAAUAUGGUGUGUGAACAUAUCAAUGAACUGAUGAUUGAAUUGAAGGUUCUGAACAGGGAAAUAAAUAGAAGGAAUUCCUUGGACGAACAGCCGUCGACAAGUGGAGGCGGUCAACGAGGUCUCCUCCUCGAUAGGUUUACAAAUGAUAAUGUCGUUAUCACCGCACCAUCUAAAAUCAAAGCCGGAAGUGAUCUUCAACUUCCAUCAAUGGGUGCUCUCAUUAGUAAGACUUCUAGUCAAGCAUUCUUCCUUCGUAUACUAAAAGUUAUUGUACAAAUCAGAGAGGCUGUACGCCUAGCCAAUAAAAAGAAGACAGAAACAACUCCAAUUGCAGAAAUAGAUAUGGAAACAGUCGAUGACAUGACCGAUACGGAGAGUAUGGAUACGACACAAGCAAAUACUUCGCAGACAGCUCCAACCGAAGCGAAAGCAACUACUUCGAAAAAGGUUGAAGAGGAAAAACCAGCACUUCCAUUAUUGAGUGAGAGUUUAGUAUUGGACAAUCUGUGGGAAACACUCAGUGCCUGUUUACUUGAACUUGAGCAUACACCCGAUCAUCAUGCCGUUCUUGUUCUGCAGCCCGCAGUUGAAGCCUUUUUCCUAGUACAUUCAUCGUCCAGCAUUUCUCGUGAUAGAAACAACGAAAAUACGACAGAAAAUCGUGAUCGCGAAGCAGUGCCCGACUUGGCACCUGUUUCUCCAAUUUAUUCCGACAGUGAAGGCACCACACAAUCUGAAGUUGCUGCGAACACAUCCUGGGAUAUUAAUCCUCCACCACAAAAGACUUUACCUCCGGACCAAUUGAAGUUCCUCAAAUUCGCCGAAACGCAUAGAACUGUAUUAAAUCAAAUUCUUCGACAAACAACGACUCACUUGGCGGAUGGACCAUUUUCUGUAUUGGUGGAUCAUACGAGAGUUUUGGACUUUGACGUUAAGAGGCGAUACUUUAGAACGGAAUUGGAACGAAUGGACGAGGGAAUUCGUCGAGAAGAAUUGGCCGUUCACGUUCGUAGGAGUCACGUUUUCGAAGAUUCAUUUAGAGAACUUCAUCGUCGAAACGCUGACGAAUGGAAAAAUAGAUUCUACAUUGUCUUUGAAGGCGAGGAAGGCCAAGACGCAGGUGGAUUAUUAAGAGAAUGGUACGUGAUAAUUUCGAGGGAAAUUUUCAAUCCCAUGUACGCACUAUUCACCGUCAGUCCUGGCGAUCGAGUCACGUAUAUGAUCAACUCAUCUUCCCAUUGCAAUCCUAAUCAUCUGUUUUAUUAUAAAUUCGUUGGAAGAGUGAUCGCAAAGGCAAUUUACGAUAACAAAUUGCUCGAGUGUUACUUCACUCGCAGUUUCUACAAACACAUUCUUGGUAUUCUCGUGAAACACACAGACAUGGAGAGCGAAGACUAUAGUUUUUACAAAGGCCUUGUAUAUCUCACUGAACAUAAUAUUUCCGAUUUGGGUUAUGAGUUAACUUUCUCAGCAGAGGUGAAUGAAUUUGGCGUAAAUGAUGUACGAGAUUUGAUUCCAAAUGGUCGCAAUAUUGUUGUCACGGAAGAAACGAAAUUGGAAUACAUUCGUCUUGUUUGUCAAAUGAAAAUGACUGGAGCGAUUCGCAAGCAACUUAAUGCGUUCUUGGAAGGUUUCUACGACAUCAUUCCGAAACGAUUGAUUUCCAUCUUUAAUGAACAAGAACUCGAGCUUCUUAUUAGCGGUUUACCAAAUGUUGAUAUCGAAGAUUUGAAAUCCAACACCGAAUAUCACAAAUACAGUCCCACAUCGUUGCAGAUUCAAUGGUUCUGGCGCGCAUUACGGGGUUUCGACCAAGCGGACAGAGCGAAAUUUUUACAAUUUGUUACUGGAACGUCUAAAGUUCCUCUUCAAGGCUUUGGUGCACUAGAGGGAAUGAAUGGCGUGCAAAAGUUCCAAAUACACCGAGACGAUCGGUCCACGGACAGAUUACCAUCAGCCCACACAUGUUUUAAUCAAUUGGAUCUUCCCGUUUAUGAGACGUACGACAAAUUGCGAAGCAAUCUUCUGAAAGCGAUUCACGAAUGUAGCGAGGGAUUCGGAUUUGCAUAAAGUGCAUCGUUGCAAUUUAAUGAAAAGAAAUUCUCGCAAAAUAAUUUGUUUAUUUUAUUUUUUUUCCGUUUUUUUUUAAUAAAAAGAAAAAAAAUUAAAUUAUGGAUAUAUUCGAUGGUCGUGUGUCAGUUCGCUUGUGUGCGCAAUGUAACUCGAAGGUAAAAUGAAAACAAAACUUAAAAAAAAAAAUUUAAUAAUAACGCAUAUGUGCUUGGUCUUCGCUCCUAAUGAAAUCGAAUAUAUACAUACACACAAUGCACUCAUGUAUAUACAAUUGUGGUGUAAUUACUGAAAAUAACUUUCGAUUCUACUGGAGUUAAGAGUUUAUUUUGUUGAAAAAAAAAUAAUAAGAUCUUGAAAGAGAGAUGAGCUUAACGAUAAUUCCCAACAACGCGGAAGAGGAGAAAAUCAAUAAAUAAAACAAAAGUACAGUACUUUUUAAGGAAACAAAAAAAAAAAUAAUAAUAAUAAUGACAAGUUUCAUAUGUAAUAAUAAAUAGAUAGGCAUCUUAGAAUGAUUUAAGGGGUAAAUAGGGCGAAAGUUGUAAUAUACUGCACUUUUAAGUCGAUCGGUGAUACGUCGUAAUGCGAUUUGCUAGAAAUACUGAUACGUGAGAUAACAAUUGAUAAUGAAAGUGUUCCAAUGCUCUUGUGCAGAGAAUUUGUUUCUUUUUUUUUGUUUUUGUUUUGUGAGGAGUCUGAAUGAGUAUGUUGUGUGAAAUAGAGUGGGGAGGAUAUUUGUAGGUAUGAAAAAAAAUGCCUAAGAAAAAAGAAAAUUUUUAAACAAAAAAAAGGAGAAUUUAAAAUAUGUUUUUGCAAACCUCCCCCCUCUUUCUCUUUUUUCUCUCUGAAGAAUAAUGUAUGGUUGUACACUAUUAGUAUUAAUAAUUCUAACUAAUUUUUAAUUAAUAGGGUUAAUCUUAACUUGAUAUCAUUUUAAUAUUAAUAAUUCAAAAUGUGAUGUUACAAAAAAAAAGAAUUGUAAUUUUUUUCUUGAAAUCUAACGAAAUAAAGUUUACAGUUAAAAAGAA